UAGGCAAAAGAUUUCAUCAUCAUACGCCCCUGAUUUACAAUUUUUUUUCUAUGACUUUGCCUGCGAAUUUGGGGUCAACUGAAGCCAACAAAUUGACAACUUUUCAGCCAAGUAAAUGGAAUUGGCUAAAUGCAGCUUAGACAGGUGCUAGCCUCAACCCUAAUAUAAUGUGUAUUGGGGCGAAAUCGUCGAGUUCUAUUUGAAAAAGAAACCCCUUAGAAACAAAAACCGCACAGCAGCACACCGUAAAACAAACAUGCAACACAUGCAACAUACUUGACUCAAUGGACUUUGGAUUCUUGCAGCAUAAGAAAAGCAGAAAGCCGGGAAAGAAUGAAAGAGUCAAAAACUUUAGUUAGUAGCUGUGAAUUCCCCGAGCCAAGCGGACGCUCUAGAGCAAAAAUUAAAUACAAAACUAAAAUUUUUAAAAAGGAUACAGAAUUUGAAAAAAGGAAAUAACUACGGAAUACACACAAGGAUUACAAAAGGACUGGAAAACGGAGGAAACUAGACCAUUCGAAAAUAAAAUCGGUCGAAUUAUUGUACAAAGUCGAUAAGGCCGCCUUUAAGAUGAAGUACUUUGAAUUUCUAAGUCUAUCGUCCGUGGGCCUCUGCAUAGCCUGUGGAGACAUGUUAUUAGCCCUGAGCAUACUGGGACCCUCGAGCUAUUACCUAUACCUCGAUUUCAUGGAUAUCGAGAAAUGGGAACCGGAUACCGAAGUGGAAGCUUUGACACCCAUUGGAACCUUUUUUUCCACAUUGGUGAACUAUUUGUGGGUGCGGGAGUUCUCGCAGGUUUUCUAUAUGACAGCAACGUUUAUAAUUUGGGUAAAGGCAAUGAUUAACCUAAUGGUGGCCUGUAUUCUUGUCGACGGCAUAAAGCAGAAACGUCUCGUAUGUAUUGCUCCCUGGUUGAUAAACUCAUGUCUAUCAAUGGUUGUUGAAACGGGAAUUUUUGUGAGUCUGGAGCUGAGAAUUGAUGAAGUUGAUGCCGCAGUGGAUCGUCGAAUAGCGAGAAGUCUAAUCUUUGGCGUAUUUAUAGUGCUAAACGCGUUGUUUUCGUAUGGUAUCUAUGCUCUUUAUCGCAAGCUAAAGUCUGUGCCCAGUGAGAAUGUUGAAGUCAUUGCCCAAAGUCCUCACACAUUUAAUGCCUGAAUAUAAAGAUAUAAACUUUGAAGUUUGGGAGGAUUUUAUGUUUUGGAAUCUAUUAAAAUAAAACUAAACUAAAUAUUA